UGAAUUUCGAAUUAUUUGGUUCUGUGUGAAUAAAUAAACUGGGCUUUAUUGGGCUUAAGGCCCAUCUCCGUUGUCGUCUUCAAGGUCACGCUUACAGACUUGGCUCCGCCGCUCCGGCAUUGAGCUCCGUCGAGAGAAUGGCGAGUAAUCAACAACCACCGUCGAAUCUACAGACCUACGGUGUACCAAUUUACGCCGUCGACUGGAUUCUAGAGGAAGCUGUCAGAUCCAAAAUCACUAAGGAUCAGGAUGAUGAUGAUGAUGAUGGAUCGUCGUCGUCGUCGUACAUCGUUUUAUCCGGCGGAGGAGGAGAAGGACGAAGUGGAAUACCUAAUGUCAUCUUAAUCUGUCGUGUUGAUCUCCACACCAAUUCUCUCUCUGAACAACCUAUUGGUAGGCGUGUGAUUGGCACUGAUCUACCUUAUCGUAUGGCUAUUCAUCCUCGUCAAGGUGGUCUUAUUUGUGCAUUGCCUAACAGUUGCAGACUGUUUGAUUGGGAAAACAUUAUAGAGGAUGAUAAUGAGGAAGAGUCAGAGAAAGUUGUUAAAGAGUUAAAAGAUGUUGGACAACAGUUGUCUCUCUCGUUUAAUCAGGAUGGGACUGUUCUAGCUACUGGUGCAGAGGAUGGGACUUUGAGGGUUUUUGAAUGGCCAAGCAUGAAGACUUUACUUAAUGAGUCUAAGACACAUGCAUCAGUUAAAAGCCUAACUUUCAGCGAAAGUGGUAAGUUUCUUGUAUCUCUUGGAGCUCCACUUUGUCGGGUUUGGGAUGUGAAUGCUUCUGCUGCUAUUGCCAGUCUAUCAAAAGAGAAGGACGAGAUGUUUGCCUCGUGUAGAUUCUCUGUAGACAAUUCAGGCAGUGAAGUUCUUUAUGUUGCUGCAAACACUCAACGUGGUGGGAGUAUUAUAACAUGGGAUACAACAUCAUGGAGAAGAAGAAGUUCAAAGCUUAUUAAAAGAAACAACUCUAUAUCUGCCUUUAAUGUCUCAGCUGAUGGGAAGCUUCUUGCAGUAGGAACCCUCGAAGGAGAUGUUUUAAUAAUUGAUUCGACAAAGAUGCAAACUAACCAAAUCGUCAAGAAAGCUCAUCUCGGUUUGGUCACCGCACUGACUUUCUCCCCUGAUUCAAGGUGCUUAGUGUCAGUAUCUUUUGACUCAAGGGCAAGGCUAACCGUGAUCAAACAAAAGGGUGAAAAACGUCGAGUAUAUCUGUGGGUGGCGGCAUUGUUGUUUGUGUUGGUAUACGUGGUUUUGUAUUAUUUGAUGGUGGCAAUGGGGAUCAUACAUUAGACAUACGUAAAGAAAGCCUCUAAGUAAAUCCACACGACAAUACAUGGAAUGGCUUGAAGAAACCAACAUACAGAUUUAUACCCUCGUUAAGUUUUCUUAGACUUUGUGUUUUGAGUAGGUCGUAGAGAUUCUUCACAGAAACUUUCAUGCUUUUAUUAGUUUACAUCAUAUAUUCAUAUUCUCGUUUCUAUCUUUUAGUAUUACCACAAUGAAAGUUUGAACUUCUUUUAGUCAACGAGACCCAAUGAUUAAGACAUUAAGUGAUUAGAAAAUGAGAGAGACCACCCAACCAUCGUCUAACGAAUCUCUCGGGACAUUGACCAAAGACAUCAACCACAGUUUGACCACGACACUUCUGACGUGUAACACCAUGUAUUAAGCCAU